AUGGCAACUGGCAGCAUUUCCGAAUGUUCUUCCAAACCAGUGUUGGUGCUCGAUGGGACCUCUAAUGCAUACGUCGUCUAUUCAGUGGUCAAUGGAAACAAAAGUACGGUAUUUGCAGUUACUUUCGACGGAAACCUCAAGUGGCAAGUAAUAGUGGAUGGUCAAAUCAUGGGAACUCCAGCGGUUUCCAACAAAGCUAUUUACAUUUCACAUAAUGUUGAUUCCACAACUGGAUACCUCUCCGUGUUGCUCUUUAACAGCGAGAACAAUAAUGAUAUGGAUGUUCCAGUAUUGACAGCUACCCUCGCUCCCACCCAAGGCAAUGCUCCUUUGGGUCCCCUAUCAUUAGAUCCUGAAAGUGGACAAGAUGUUGUGGCAGUCGCCGAAUGGUGGGACCAAGGAUACGGAUCUAAAGGAAAUCUUUACUUCUUGGUAUUCUCCGAAGACUACAACCAAUUCGGCGGAAGAGGAAACGAAUCCUACACAAUGCAGCACGUCAGUUCCUGGCCUUUUAGUGCUUCUGCCAGACCACUGGUGGUCGACUCAUCGGUAUGGCUGGGAGCCUCGGGAGCCAAUAUUGGAGGAUGGCAGCAAAAGGACAUCUCCAAAGUCUUGACAGGAGAGCGAGAAAAUGUUAAUCCCAAAUGGGUCUUGCAGCUCGAUACAAAGACAAGUGACUCUGGACAACCCUUGUUGACUACUCCUGUCAUUUCGGACGAUGAGUCCAUGUUGGUGUUGGCAGGGACGAAUGGGGAAUUAUACGGUCUUCAAUCGAAAGGCGGCAAACAACAAUGGGCCAAUAUGAAUGGUGCAAGCGCCAUUCUGGCUCAGCCCGUCAUAGUUGAAGAUGCUGUGUAUGUAAUUGAAAGCCAAAAUGGAAAUGUUCGUCAACACUCUCUUUGGGGUGGCAACGAAAUCUGGCAACUUGGCUGCGACUCCGAGAGCCCAUUAUGCAACGAGGAAGUCGAAGCAGACUUUGGAAUUUCGCCAAAUGGAGCAUUGCUAUACUAUGGAGAUAUUUCUGGGAAUAUUGUUGCGUUGCAGAUUGCCACAGUUGAUACAGCCGCACCCACCAUGGUACCUACAACAUUGCCACCCACCCGAAGUCCUUCAUCUACUGCCCCCCCCACCACAACAGCGCAAGAGUCACCAACAGAUGGCACGAGUCAAAACGGUCAAGGGAAUGAUAGAUUGGACACCAGCGAAGAUAAUGUCACUAAUUUGGCUGGAAGUAUGACUGGAAUUGACGAUUCUGAUUCCACUGUUUUUAUGAUCGCGUCUGCUGUUGGAGGGUUCUUUGUUGUUGUGUUGGCAACGAUUGCCUGUUUUAUUCUUUGCAAAAAACGUCGCAAUCGGAAGAAGAAUUCUGACCACAAGAGUGCCAGCGGCGAUUUUGGCUCCCAAAAGCCGAAGUACUCGCAAUCUUCCAAUCGAGAGCUGGACUAUGGGACUCCGGACAAGACGACUCCUGUCGCGCCUCCGAAAAAAAGGACGCCCGACAUAUUUGCGUUUGAUAGCGACAGUGAAGUGGGAACAGCAAAUAGCCAGCACUUGCCAAGCUCCAACGAUUCGACGCGUGAUCUAACCGACACAUUUUCAUUGCUCGCGCCUAGCGAGACAGACGAUGGCACCCUGACCAACAAAGGUGGCAUGCCAAGUGAUGCUUCUCAUAUGUCCGAGGAAUCGGAUUUGCCGAUUCCACCGCCUCCCACUGGACCAAUUCCAAAGCAAGUUGAAACCGAAACAAUCUCAAUGCUAGAUAUGGAAGCACAGAAAUAUGACGAGGCUACAACAGCUGAAAGUGUUUCCUAUGCGAACAUGUAUGCAGAUAAUUUGAUUGACGACUUAAAGCUCCAAAGUCAGCCCCCCGUUUCACCAACGUCCACAGUUUCGGAGUCAUCCGUCUAUACGGGGCAGCCACCCAACGCUGGGUCGCCUGCAAAUUCGGUCGCUAAUCUGAUGUCCACUUCGCCGAGGAAUGUGCCUGUCAUUCCAGAUGUAUUUUCCACCAUUUUGGACCGAGAUGCCCUGCCUUGUGACGAGGAAGGCACGAAGAAUAGCCGACAGCAAUUCAUUUUGUCGCAAUCGACAAAGCAACCCGCGUACAAUCCGAAACAUGACUCGGGAAACGAGGACAACCCGAUCCCGGAUGAUGAACGUAUGAAUGCAGGACCCGGUGAUCAUUACAUGUCAGAAGCUACUAUGGACAAAAAUCUCUACAGCGCAGUAGCUGUGCGUCGAGACAAUUCUAUCAACGGCGAUGGUGCUAAGUUCGGAGCCCCUCGGCAAGUUGUGUCGAGCCUUUGCAUUGGAAACGAACCAGAUCCGAAAGAGCAAAAUACAGAGAAGUGGAGCAGCUUCAUGAGUGAGCUAGAAGAGGCUGAAAAAAUGUUUUCAGAGCCAAAUCUAAAAUCCUCAAGGAUGCUAGCAGAUGACGAAAGUACAGAUGCAGGUAGCAGCUUUAUGGGACUAAUAAAUAGUUCAAUGGGAGAUAUGAUGGGAUCUGAUAAAGGAAUAUGA